UGGAGGAAGGUCAGAAGUUAGAAGAUCAGAAAGACUAUAAAGUCUGUGGAUGUUCAUUUUUCAGUCAGCUUUUUCUCCAUUUUUAGUGAAUUGAUCAGAGAAAAAAGAGUCGUGACGUCUUCUUCAUACAAUGAAGUACAUUUUAGUGACCGGUGGAGUUAUUAGUGGUCUUGGUAAAGGAGUUAUCGCCAGUAGUGUCGGCGCCUUGCUUAAAUCGUGUGGACUACAUGUGACUUCGGUUAAAAUAGAUCCUUACCUAAAUAUUGAUGCUGGUACCUUUUCACCUUACGAACACGGCGAAGUAUUUGUACUAGAUGAUGGAGGUGAAGUUGAUUUGGACCUAGGGAAUUAUGAACGUUUUCUUGAUGUGAUGUUGUGUAAAGAUAACAAUAUUACAACUGGAAAGAUCUAUCAAGAUGUUAUUCAGAAAGAGAGAAAAGGAGAUUACCUUGGAAAAACUGUACAAGUGGUUCCUCAUAUCACAAAUGCAGUUCAGGAAUGGGUCGAGAAGGUUGCCCUCAAACCAUUGCAUGACAAUAAUACAGCUGAUGUUUGCAUCAUUGAGCUUGGUGGAACAAUUGGUGACAUUGAAAGCAUGCCUUUCGUUGAAGCAUUUAGACAGUUCCAAUUUCGUGUUGGACAAGAAAAUUUUUGUGUGAUUCAUGUCAGCCUCGUACCACAGCCUGGUUCAACAGGUGAACAGAAGUCAAAGCCAACACAAAAUAGUGUUAGAGAACUUAGAGGACUUGGAUUAAGUCCUGAUUUUAUAUUUUGCCGAGGAAAGGCACCCAUUCAAGAAGCUGUCAGGAAGAAAGUUUCGAUGUUUUGCCAUGUUUCACCAGAUAAAGUCAUCAGUGUUCAUGAUUGUGAUAGUCUUUACAGAGUUCCUGUUCUGAUAUCAGAACAAAAUUUGGUUCCAUUAUUGAAUGAAAGACUUAACUUGGAUAUAACUCUACCAUUUGAAACUCAUAACUCCUUGAAAAUCUGGCAUGAGUUAGCCGAAAGGCAGGAAAAUGUACGUAAUGAAGUGUAUAUUGGAUUGGUUGGGAAAUAUGUUCAGAUGCAAGAUGCCUAUCUGUCUGUUAUCAAAGCCCUUACACAUGCUUCUUUGCAUUGUAACCUUAAACUUGUUUUACAUUGGAUAGAUUCAGAAGACCUUGAAAAAGAAGAGGCUGAUUUGGAACCAGUUCAGUAUCAUGACGCAUGGAAAAAACUUUGUGGUUGUAAUGGAAUAUUGGUACCAGGAGGUUUUGGUAACAGGGGAACAGAGGGCAAAAUUUUAGCUAUAAACUGGGCAAGGAGAAAGAAUGUCCCUUUUCUAGGAGUGUGUCUAGGAUUACAGCUUGCAGUUGUUGAAUUUGCAAGAAACAUACUUCAGUUAAAAGAUGCCAAUUCCUCUGAGUUCCAGGGUGAUACUGAAAAUCCUGUGGUAAUUGAAAUGCCAGAACAUAAUCCAGGCCAACUUGGCGGUACAAUGCGUCUUGGAAAGAGAACAACUGUUUUUAAAUCUGAGGAAAACACAAUUUAUAAAUUGUAUGGUCAGAGAGAGCAUAUUGAGGAAAGACACAGACAUCGUUACGAGGUCAAUCCAGCUUACGUUAAGAGACUUGAAGAACAUGGUAUGAAAUUUGUUGGCCAUGAUGUUGAUGGUGAGCGCAUGGAAAUCAUGGAAUUACAAGAACACCCAUAUUUUGUUGGGGUUCAAUUCCAUCCAGAAUUCUUAACAAGACCUCACAAACCUUCACCACCAUACCUUGGACUGAUUUUGGCAGCCAGUGGUAAACUUACAAGCUUCCUUUCCCGUGGAUGCCGCAUGUCACCUAGCAAUAGCCUUGGAGAUUUGAUGGGUGCGAAAGAACACUUAUCAUAUUAAAAACAGUCCAAGCAUCUCACAUGUAGAGGAGAAAUCUUCCAUGUAGAAAAGAAUCAAGACCGUUCAAGGCUUCUUGGAAUAGAAGCCUUGCAAUUCUUGAGAGGUCCAGUCAAAUUGUGGAGGGCAUUCCUUUUAAGAUCAUCCACAAGCACUAUGAAUAUAUUCAUGGUAGAUAGUGAUUUUACAAAUAUAGUGCUCAUUCAGUUCACAUAGCUUUUUACUGGGCA